AAUCGACCUGAUGACAGUGCGCCUUUGCUUUCCUAAAAGUUACCAUCUCCAAAUUCCUGCUUUUGCUUUUGCUUGUGAUCAUUCCAGCAUAAAACUUUUUUUUCUUCUUUUUACAGACACCCGAAAGAAACGAUUUGCCUCACCAUAAUAUUAUUUAUAAUAAUUUUGUUGACAAAUUUAGACCCGCUGGAAGGUCUCCUUGAACCGCACCUGACUCAUUAAGCAGCAGUGAUGGAGGAGAAGGAGGCGGUGUGCCGGGGAGUGGAGCUGGCAUAUGGUGAGCUGAGCGGAGCGCCGCCGCCGCGAGACUGCACAGCUGCCUGUUGUCAUGGAGGAGCAAAGAUGGCGGUCCUGGCCUAUAGCCUGGGCAAACGCGAAAUAAAUCAACAUUUUACCAUAAAAAACGCGAAACUGAUAUCGCUGGUUGCUGUUCUUUUACUCCUCGUGUUUCACGCUGCUUCGCGGUAUUACGAAGGAGGGGACUCGUGUGAAUGGCUGCUGUCCAGAGGACGUUACUUGGGGGAGGAUGUAUGGCAGCCUUAUGGCUGCAUGAUGCACAAAUACAAAAGCAUUGAAGCCAAAACCUGCCUCUCUGAAAAGCGGGUAGCCUUUGUUGGCGAUUCGCGAAUCAGGCAGCUGUUUUACUCCUUCAUCAAAAUUAUCAACCCUGAACGAAAAGAAGAGGGGAUUAAGCAUGAGGACAUUUCCUUUGAAGACAAGAGCUACUCUAUUAAAGUGGACUUUCUGUGGUACCCCGAGGCAAAUAAUUCAAUGAAGGAACGCUUGAUAUCAUGGACACGUGAAGGUUCAGCAAAGCCAGAUGUUCUCGUCCUCGGAGCUGCCACGUGGUCCAUCAAGUUGCACGGUGGCAGCAGUGAGGCCCUCCAGCAGUACAAAGUCAACUUGACUGCAAUCGUGGGGCAGCUGGAGAAGCUGGCUGAGCAUGGGGAGGUCUACUGGGUGCUGCAAGAUCCAGUAAAUGAAGAGGUGUUAAGUGAGAACAGGAAAAUGAUCACCAACCAGCAGCUGGAGCUGUACAAUGAAGCAGCAGUGGAUGUGCUCAACAGCAGCAAGCGUAAUGGCAGAUCUCGGGUCAGACUAGUGGCUGCUUCCCGUCAGGCUGCGCUGGAAACCAUCAUCAAGUCAGAUGAUGGUUUGCACCUGCCUGAGAGCACCAGGAGUGUGGGAGCCAUGAUCCUCAUGAACUCUGUGUGCAACAAAAUACUGAGGCCCAUCGACGGUUCAUGCUGUCAGACGUUACGAGCCCCUAACUUGCUCCAGAAACUGUCGGCUCUUUUCUUCCUUGGCUCAGCCGUGGUCAUCAUGGUCUUCCACAUCCUUGGCAACAAUCGCCACCGCCGACACGUGCCCCCUGAUGUGGAGAGCCUAGAGGAGAAGAAGCCAGCCACUGCAGCUGUUCCCCCCGGCCCAAAAGCACCUUUUCAGGCUCUCUGCAGGAUGGGCGUCAUCAUGGGCUAUUUUUACCUUUGUGACAGGGCAGAUGUGUUCAUGAAAGAGCAGAAGUUUUACACGCACUCCACGUUCUUCAUCCCUCUCAUCUACAUAUUUGUACUGGGAGUGUUUUACAGUGACAACAGCAAGGAGGCAAAAUUACUCAACCGAGAACAAACAGACGAGUGGAAAGGCUGGAUGCAGCUCGUCAUCCUCAUCUAUCACAUAUCUGGAGCGAGCGCUUUCAUCCCAGUGUACAUGCAUGUGCGGGUGUUGGUGGCAGCGUACCUAUUUCAAACUGGCUAUGGACACUUUUCGUUUUUUUGGCUCAAAGGAGACUUUGGACUUUACAGAGUGUGCCAGGUGCUUUUCCGUCUGAACUUCCUGGUGUUGGUGCUGUGUGUGGUAAUGGACCGACCGUACCAGUUCUAUUACUUUGUUCCCUUGGUCACAUUCUGGUUUGUUGUCAUCUACACCACAAUGGCUAUGUGGCCUCAGAUCCUUCAGAAGACGGCUAACAGUAGUGGCGUGUGGCAUUUUGGGGUCUUGGCAAAGUUACUGGGCCUCCUGAUGUUCAUCUGCUUUUUUGCCUUUUCACAGGGCGUUUUUGAGCGCGUCUUCUCUGUGUGGCCCAUCUCUAAGCUCUUCGAGCUGAAUGGCAGCAUCCACGAGUGGUGGUUCAGAUGGAAGCUGGACCGAUUUGCGGUGAUACAUGGCAUGUUAUUUGCCUUCAUCUAUCUGGUGCUGCAGAAGCGUCAGGUACUGUCAGAGGGAAAAGGAGAGACUCUCUUCUCUGCCAAGAUUUCCAACUUUCUCCUCUUCCUCUCUGUUGUCUCCUUCAUAACUUACUCAAUAUGGGCAAGCAGCUGCAAAACCAAAACCGAGUGCAACGAGAUGCAUCCCUAUAUCUCUGUGGUCCAGAUUUUGGCCUUCAUUCUCAUCAGGAACAUUCCUGGCUAUGCCCGUUCUAUAUAUAGCUCAUUCUUUGCAUGGUUUGGAAAGAUCUCCUUAGAGCUUUUCAUUUGCCAGUACCACAUAUGGCUUGCAGCUGACACCAAGGGGAUUUUGGUCCUCAUCCCAGGAAACCCCUCCCUCAACAUUUUGGUUAGCACCUUCAUCUUUGUUUGUGUGGCUCAUGAGAUUUCCCUCAUCACCAAUGACCUGGCCCAGGUGGUCAUCCCCAAAGACAGCAUGGCUCUGCUGAAGAGACUGGGGGCCAUGGGGAUUCUCAGUCUCGUUAUACUGCUGGUGUCCAGGGCUGGCCAGCCCACACCUGGCGCCUGAUGGACAUCUCCUGAGGGGAUCUGGGGGAGGGGCGGGAGACCCACUAAGACCCUGCUGAGAUUGAAGUGAGGUACAGAUGGAAGUCAGGAGGCAGCCUUGUGUUUUAGCUACUGGUGAGAAGAUGUUGGCAGCGGUGACCCUUGGGAGAACAAAGUCUGUCCGCUGGCCACAUUUGAGCAGAGUCCGUACUUUUCUGACUGCUGUGAAAGUCACACACUGAAGAAAAGACAAAUGCCCAACAGAGAAGGAGUCACUCCUUUAACAGCAAAGUCAAAAUUGUGGGAAAGGAGAUUUAAAAAAAAAAAAAAAAAACACACAAAAAAAACCAAUGAAAUGUUUACAAUAUCUGGUUUCAGGAUUUUGGAAAUGCAGAAUCUAAAAAAACAAAGCACGACGUCCUCAUUUUAAGACUCAUGCCUGCUGCAUUUGGCAGCGUCGCGUCUGUUUAGCCAAACGCUGAUAAUACGUUUUUGUUACAUGCAGAACUUCCUGUAAAUCGCUUUGGGAGGGAUCACCUGGCACACACUCCGUCCAUGUUGUGCAGUAGCAGCUGAAGGAGGGAUUUCACUCAGGUGGAUCCAUAACCUGCAUAUUCAGAUAUCUACUCUUUUACAACAAAUGCGUUAAAUUGUGCUGCAUUUUUAUCGUCAACAUUCGUUGUACAGUAUUCCUGGUGACUUCAAACUGCGUCAGAUAUCUAAAUAUGAGAUAUAUGGACCAACGACUGGCUCGGAUGAUCAAAGAGUGACUAGAGUCAGAAAACUUGGAGUGCAAUGGUUAAUAUGUUGGAAUAUCCUUCGACGUGUUUUUGCGGUGUUUUAUUUUUUAUUUUUUUUUGUGCGUGAUUUUGCUGAAAGGCUGUGGUCACCUGCUGUAGCGCUGAAAUUCUAUGUGACAUGUACAGUAUUUAAUGAUUUAAAUUAAGUUUAUAUUUUAUACGGUUUUGAGGGAGGGUGGGGCAGGUGGGGGCUGGCUUUGUUUUAUUUUAUACUCUGCGACUGCUGUUUGUGACGGAAGUGUUCUAUAGACAAUUUUGUACCCAUCCCAGACCCUCACAGACAAUUACCUGAUGGUGAGGUUGAUCCUUUUAGCCGUCUUGUCUCAUCUGUAGCUUACUUCCUAGUCGGUGUAUAUUUGUACAGUAGUGACAGAUUUAUUUUAUACAGCGUUGCUUCCGCAGUAAUUUUGGUCUGUUAUUGUUUUGUUUUUUUUUGUUUUUUUUUUUAUGUCCAUUGAAACAUGCCUCGUACCUCUGGCAGAAAGUGUACCAAGUUUCACAUGCUGUUCUAAGCAAACUGCUGGGUGACAAAUUAAAGGAAAACCUUUGACCUGUGCAGAAAGGGUCUGUGGUGGCUCUGAAAGGCUGCAGGGGGCGCUGUAAAUCAACUUGUUUUGAAUGACUGCCUUUUAAACCAAUGAUAAAAUUUGUCCCUAUGGGAGUGGUUUCUCCCACAAGCAAUAUGACCCCCCCCCCCCCUUAUAGUCACCUGAGCUCAACCUAACUUGCAUAGCCUGAGAGAUUUUUAUUUCUUCCUUUCCUACUGAUCUUGGAAUUUGCUCCACAUCCUUCAAAGUACAAGAUGAUAGAAAUUAUGUUUACCCAACGCCUCACUAAGACACUUUAUUAUUUUUUUUUAUUUCCAUUAAAUUGUUACCAAUCUGUUUUCCUUGAGCUGCCACAGCCACUGAACUUUGUAGUCAGUGAAUGAGUGGCUGAAGUGAUGUCUUAGUGAUGCCUUUUAAACAGACUGUGUGGUGUUUUGUUUUGGGGGUUUUCCCAGUGGCUUAUACCUACAGUGCAUCUUCAGAUGAAGACUUACAUCUGUGAUGCAGCUGUGAUCAUAAACUUCCAUGUUUUAGGCACUUUGUAUGGGGGGCCACAACCACAUCAUUUAGAAACCACUAGGUAAUGCACUGAGUGAGCUGACAUUACUGUUAAGGAAAAAUGUCGUACAUUUCAUCAGGCGGUGUCUGUCCCCUUUUGUCCUGGCAAACAUGUGAGGGGGAGAUGAUUUUUAUUUUAAGAUCUGCUCCCCCCCCCCCCUUUUUUUAAAAUUUACUUGUUGAGGUAAUAAUAUUCAGCGUUUAACGUUGAGUUUAGCACAGUACCAGUGCACUUACUCAAUGCACUUUUCUUCUUUUCUUUUUUUUUUGCUCAAUCAAAUGUUGUUUGCAGAUUUAUGACAAUAUAACGUAAGAUGUAUUGCAAAUAAUUUUUUUAUUUCAGCUGCCAUCAGGUAGAAAACAUUAAGUCAUCCUCUAUUCAUUUAUGUAAUGUGGGUUCACAGCGGAACAAUUUGCGCAAAAUGCGCAGCUUUCAUCUUUCUUUCUGGUUGUUUGGGUUCUGUUCUCAAACUGGGAGCCAAGUAAAUGUUUAAUUUUUAACCACUCAGCACCUCACUGUACAGAUGAGAAUGGCAUAUAGAUGUUUCCAUUCUCUUUGGUGUGUUAAGUUUACUGAUCUGUAUGAUGGUUUGGGGGUUUUUCUCAUCUAUUAGUGAACAACCGCGAUACAGUAAAUUUGGUUAAUGUAUCGGGCCUUAAUUGAUCUCUUUGGUUAUGUAAAAGCAACAACUAUUUAUACCCCGUGUAGGGCCUCUUUUGAAAUAUAUUACAUGUAUUUAAAAAAAAUUGUGAUGUCUUAAAAAAAUGUGAAAUGUAUCCAUAUUAUUUAUAAAUGCCUUUAUUCUGUUGUACAUUAAGAAUAUCUUCAUAAAAAUGUGCUGUUUUGGCUUCUUUUAGUGGAUGGAGUGGGAAGGGGGUGUUUUUUCUUGUUUUCCACUGGGACAGAAAGUUAUUUUGAAAGAGUUUAUUAUCAUGUGACACAUUGAACAAAUGUUCUAACACAUGGCGACGAAAGCAUUUCAAUAUAAAACACCCUUACGCCCCGAGAGGUCCGCUGGGCAAAGCAGUAUGACAUACAAACAUAUUAAUCACACUUUAAACAUUUAAACGGAUAUUCCAAAAUAGUCUAAGUUAUCUUUAUAAUCGGCUAAGCUCUUCGGGUCUUUUUCACACUCACAAGUCAAGGUGCAAGUGCGCAAGUGGACGAUAAAAUUUUCACUGCUAACACAUGCAGGUUGGCACAAAUUUUAGGACAAAGGAAGAGGGGCAGCUGCAACACUGGUGCUUCUGGUCAUAAAUUCAGAGCUUCAGCCACCUUUCUCUCCUCAGGAAUACCAUUUACCUGGAACACAGUGAAAGCAACAGCUGAACCACAGAGACAUGACAAAACUUCCAGAAAUCUAACACUAAAUACAGAUGUAAGCAGCAAUGCUUGGGAUCCAAGCAGACUGCACACACUUUGUUAGUGCUUAUUGUUCGCUGGUAACUGAUGCAUGCUAUCGACAACUAGGACUGACAGUUUGUACCCUGCCUGGUCCCUUCCUACAGUAGCUGACUUGCAAGCAUAAUAAUUUUAUGCUCUGUCUAAUUUAAAGGCCUGCAAAAGCAUCACGCUCCGUUAGUUGCAGGUGUUAAAUAGCUUAUUAAAGCAUGAUCUGACAUUUAGCAAAAUAAAAAUGCCUAACUACAAUGAGACACUGCACAUCACGGUAGACUGAUCAUGUUUUGAAGUUUAUAACCUCAACUUGAGAUUAACAAAGUCCACAGAUGAUGCUCACUUAAUUUUUGGACAAUUGGUCCAGAAUUUCAGAGGAGAAAUUAGAAUUUUACUUCAGACCACUCUCUCAAGAGUAAUGUCUUCUGGAUUUUGCAACACAACCAUUUUUAGCAUGGUGAAAUAAAUAUGGAGAAGAUGAAAAAUCUGAACAUUUACAGUUUUUCCUGCAGCUUCUCUGCUUGGAUCCCAAAUUAUCUCAGCUUUAAAUCAUGAACAGCCGGCAGCACCUACCUCCAGCCUUCGAAAUGUUGACAUGACAUAGUUAUCUCCUUUGUUAGCAGUGAACAGAGAGAGGAUUCGGUUAGUGCAUCAUGCAGCUGAUACCCGUGCUCAAAGGAGGGCGCUCACACGCCAGCGUCACCAUUAGUCGGCUCAUGCAGCAGAUGAUAACAGUGCAGUGAUGCAGAAGGAACAGACUGAAGUUAUAAGAAACUAUGAAGCCAAGUGGUUUUAUAUGGAUUCACAUUAUUGAUGCCAGUAUAGUCCAAGAACUGAAUUUAGUGAGAAGUAAUAUAAAGGCAAGUGAAUUCUAAGUCAUUUUUACUGUGAAGGUGCUUAAACCUUCAGAGGCAUGCUUUACUGCACUUGAAGUCCUGAUGAACAUUCGGCAAGAGAGAGUGUGUUACCAAUAGCAGACAUCCAGGUAUGCUGACUCUACGCUAUGAGCUGCUGUUAAACAUCUGUCAUUUCAAAGAAUUCCUGGAAAUAUACUCCUGACAUAUGUUCCUGAAAGUUCUAACCAUUCAGCUGCUUCAUAUUACAAGACGGCUGUCUUAAGAUUCUCACCUGAUGGCCGCUGCUGUGGUAUCGUAAUCUGGUUUUGCAGAUUCCUGAAAUCAUAAAUAACAAUAUUAUGUCAAAGCAUGUUAUAAAAAUGUUUGGGGUUUUUUUUUUUGUUAGUUUCAAGCCCAUUAAGAGAAAUCAUGGGACAGCUUGAAGCUCUUAAGCUCUAGUUGUACUUUCCAAAGGCCUGACUUGCUUUCUGUAGCUAUAGUUGUAAACACCACAUAGUUGGAAAGUGCUUGAAACAACAUGGCAUUGUUCCAACUUUUCCAUUUAACACCUAUAAGCCUCAUAUCUGCAUCUGCUAAUGAGUGUGGGCGUAUGUGUGGCUGUACUUAGUCAUCCAUCCGUCUUAUGUUUCCCACCAAAUCCCUGAACUCACGCCUGUGUCUGCAUCAGCGGCAUGCUGGUGGUCUCGUAGUUGUCGGGGUGGAUGGGUGGAACCACCUCGCCGCUGACUGGGUUGAAGACGGGCAGCGUAGAGAGCGGCCAGGAGAUUUCCCUGUUCUUUGACAUGCUCCUCAGUUCCUUGGUGGACUUCUGGAUGGAGCUGUGGUGAACCAGCUGGAUGCUGGAGGAGGGGAGAAGCAGUGAAUUCAUAUUGCAGCACGUUUCUGUGUCAUGGGUAGGGGGUUGUCUCAUCAAAGCUUAAAUGAUGUGCACUCAAGUUUGUGCAUGCACAAACAGAACUAUAACAUCCAACCUCACCUACUGCUGUUCUUUUUUUCUUUUUUGGGGGUUUGUUUUCCAUUUGUUUGAAUUAAAUUUUAGGUGUAAUGCUGAGUACAUAGUUCUGAUAAUCCUACAGCUGGUCAUUACAUUUUUUUCAGCAGCCCACUGAAUGAAUGGAUGCCAAUGCCAAUGCACGUAUGAGCGUAUGAAUGGACAUGAAACAGCCAUGAAUGACAACAUAAAUGACCAAAACUGCCAACCAAAAACAGAGGGAGAGGGAACAGAAAUAAAAUUUAAAAGAAGAACACAGGAGAGGUAAAACACUUACUCUGGUGUUUGCAUGUUUCUUUUUUCCCUAGAAACAAAACAAAAUGGAUGAAUUAAAUACUAAUAUUAAUAGGUAAAGCAACAUCUGCACACAAGUGAAUGAAUGGAUUGUUGGAUAAAGACAAGGUGGACAUGAUGUGGAACACUGAGUGAAAAAAUAAAAAGGGGAGGGGAGGCACACGUCUAUCCCAGCCUGUAAACGAUGGAUGAAGAUGACUGAUCAUCCAUGUUGUGGCUAUGCUUCAAAACAUCAAGAUGCAGAUGACAAGAGUCACAGAGACCCGAGACAAACAGUGAUGAGGAACUUAACUACUGCAUGGUAAUGACAAGCUGCAGUUAAAGUCCAGAUUUCCACUCUUUUUCAGUUAUCCUACAGCUAACUGAGCUUUUCAGGCUUAUUUUUGCUGUCUCUCAUAUGGUUCUCAUACACUUUUGGCUGCUUAUUGGGGUAUUUGGUGCAAAAUUUGCAUAGAAAUGUUAAGACCGAGCACACUUACACCCCUUCCCGCCUGCAGCACAUAGUGUAGCCAAGGAUGAAGAAGAGAACUAGCGCCACGGCGGAGGGAACAGCCAACGUGAUGAGGAAGUCGGAAAAGUAGUCCCGGCUUUUCAGAGACUCAGACGGGGGUUUGUACUCCCCGAAUUCGGGCAGGAUCCCUGUUCCGGGUUCGGGACGUGUAACGUAAACUGGGACUACUUUGUUGAUGUCAACCUUAAAAGAAAAAAAAAAACAAAGACAUAAAGAUCAAUUAGAGGUUGCAUACUUUUAGUGCAUUUUAAUGCAUUUUUAGUGAAUUUGUUGGAACGCAUCCUCACCAGAGAAAUCUUACACCAGUCGAUUUGAAACUGAGCUCGGAACUUCUUGUCACAGCUGAUGACGGGCUCCAUCUCCUGACUGCAGCGCAGCUGGUUAUGUGGGCUUUCCACCUCCCGCAGGCACGACGAGAAGGGAACAUCAGCACCGACCAUCACAUAGACGCUAGAGGAGAGAAGAGAAGAAGAAGAUGGAGUCUAAUUUUACAAGUUUAUGCUGAGGUUUGUAAUAAUCAAGUGUUCUCUCCUGCUGAGUGCUCUGCUAGAUGCUUUCAAGUUCCAGCGUAAAUCUUUGAUGAACAACUUAUGGCAGCUCAUGUUGGCUAUUCCCAUCUGAGUUAAAGGAACUGACAGCAUAUCGGUGUAGACGGCUACGUGCUUUCAUCUAAUUUACAGAAAACUGAGGAUCCCCAAAGCCCCAAUUAAAUUAAUGUUAACAUAAUGUGAGUGGGCUGAAAAUACUGUUGAUUUGUUUGAUUUAGAGAGGUGAAGAGGUCACUCAUGGAGAGAUUUGGCACAGACGAGCUGAACCGAGUAGAGCUAAAUCUUAUCCUUGAAUCCUUGUAAAGGAAAAUAUGUAAGUAGGGGAUUACUUAAAAAAAAAAAAAAUCACAAAUGUUUUCUGUUUC